CAGACUCAUUUGGAACCGAGUACGGGACAUUUCACAAGUAGUGUUAGACGUUCUCCAACGCUUCCAGUUUAAAAUUGUCAGUGCUCUCGAUUUUUGUAUUUAAAAAAGGUCAAUUUCGGUGUUUCCAUUCCAUCUGUAUUUCCCGACCCAAACCUUUCCUCGCGAACCGAUCUGAAAGAUCCCUGGCAAAAUUCGCGAUUCGUUCAAAUUGGCUGUGCCAUUGAGUCCUUGAUUCGCAAAUUCGCCAGCCAUGGCUAGCUCAAACGUUUCCGACUGGGAUGAGCCGCUGCCUACGUCGACCAGCUCGCUGCCAGAGGAGGAGGACCCCGAUGUGUGCGCGGAGGAGAACGUAAAGAAGCGGCAAGAGGAAAACCUGGCCAAGCUUCAGUCGUAUGUGAAGCGGAUGGCUUAUCAGCCAGCUAUGCCACCCAAGGUCAAGCCCUACGACGUGGCUCUGUCCAAACCCAAGAUACACACGCUCCUGGACAACUACGAACAGUUCAAGGAUGUGUAUGACCCCAAGCUUCGCGCCAAGCGGAUCAAGCGUAUGCUUGGAAAAUAUAACGCUAUCACAACCGAGCAGCUGGAGGAAAUCUUGAAGAGCAACAAGACCAAGGAGCGACGCAAGGAGGACUUCCUGAAGCGUAAGCAGGAGCUAUACUACAAUAUGCUAACCAAACUGGAGCGCCAGUGCCGGACGCAGUAUCUCAACGUGCUGAUCAAGAAGUUCGCCAAGUUCAUCGCUCACUUGGCCACCACGAUGAGGAUUCCUCCGCAGCUGGUGGACCCCUACGCACGCAUGCAGCGCGGUAUCUUCUGCAACAUUCUUCUGGCCAUUGGAGUGCAGCCCACCUCACAGUCGGCCAUCUACUACACCAGCCAGGAUGCCAUCGAGUACGAUGUGUGCCACCGCCUGGCCCACGCCCUUCUAUCCUUGAUUAUUAAGGCUCUUGACUCUGCAGCCACCAGGGAUCCCAACGAGGUGUGCAAGCCGGUGGACAUGGACUUUGAGAUGGAUAACCACAUUAAGAGGCGUUUGAUGUGCGCUGCCGAGAAGAAGCUGAUGUACGAGCGUCGGCGCAAGAAGCCCCAGCCUCAAAGUUUGGGAGCUUUUGAGAAGUGCACCCGCUACGACUGUGACUAGGACGACUAGGACAUGAUUUGACAUUCGUGUAAUUCCCUAGGGAGCUGCUGGUGGUACUCCGAUUUAUUUGUAACUCUUUGGUGCCAAGUUCGAAAAAAAACGAUCAUUUGUUUGGGAA